UCCUCCCCCCGCCGACUGACAAGCAGCGCGUUUUACAGUUUUGACACAGAGGAAGAGCUGUCAAACGUUUGUUUGGGUGGUGGAGGUUUGCAGUUAUUUUGCAAGAUUGCAUCUUUGUGUGCGUGUAAUUUGGUUGGUAGUUGGCCAAAACAAAAUCGUACUCAGCUCCUGUCAACAGCCGACAGCAUACUCGGCAUCAUAACUUUUCUCUCAUUCGCAACAUAACUUGAACACAUACUUGGAGGAUGGAAUAUUUCGGCGUAAAAGCAUUUUAACAGCACUUAAAAAAAGUUGAAUAUCAAACGUACCAGCCUGGGUAUACUCCACAACCUAGAACCGGAUACAUUGCAUCCUACCAGCACCUCAGUGGCGCAGAGCACCGCAGAGCAUAAGCACAGCAUAGCAAUGUUGAUGUGAACCAUUGUUUCCAUGGCUGUCAAACAGGUGCGCCACGAUGCGCUUGGCGGGAGAUACUUUGUUUUAAAAUCCUCGUGUGUUUCGUUACAGCUCGACACCACGCUUUUUGGAGCGCUCCCAGCGAACGAGGAUGAAGUUGAGCGAGUUCACCUUGUACUGUGACCAAUUGGUCCAUGCGUCACGCAACUGCGUCGACCGUUGGCGAUGGGUGCGGGAGAAGGAGCCGGACUUCCUAUGUCUGGAGACAGUACGGCACGUGCGGAGCACCGAAUCGAACCCCCAGACCGAGAUGCUGGAGGGCAUGGCCGAGCUGGACGAGGAAGAUGAUCCGGGCCUAGCCGCUGUCAGCGGUGGGCAGCCCACCGCCCGGAUGCUAGCGUUCGAGUAUCACGUGCUGUACUGUGAAAGCUACGAGGUGCCUAUACUGCUGUUUAACAUAUACGAGAAAGGUGGCGCUCGGUUAAACCUGGAGGAAGCAUGGGAGGUGCUGCAGAUUAGCGGAUGCGUACCGCCGGACGAGCGGUACAGUGCGAUCACGAUGGUGCACCAUCCGGUACUGUACCGGCCGUACCUGAAGCUGCAUCCUUGCAAAACAGCCGAACUGGUCGGCUCACUGUCCGGCAGCACGAACCCGGUACUGUCCUUCAUUACGACCUACGCGCCGUACGUUAAUCUGGAGCUGGAUGAGCUGGCUCGCGCGUUGCAAUCGGAUAGUAAAAAAGAAACCGGCGAGUAAUGCACCAUGUGAUCCGCAAGACUGCAACACUGAAUGCGGUCGAUGCAAGUAGAGUAAGCAUGCGAUAUGUAAAAAUAAAAUUAAAGCUUUGGUUUUGUAAUUUUGCCGAGCAAGAGUGUAUGACCAUAGUUGGGAUAUUGUAACCAGUGAAA